ACGUGUUAACGCGUUUUCGUACUAAGCGGCUGUAUUUUAGCAUUUUUACACAGGAGGUGGACAACUAAUAACCGCCGCGUCUCUUGGAUACAAACAGAGGGCGGGGGAGGGCAGUUAGCGCAUGCCCAGUGCGGCCCUUGUGAAAGGCGUCCUGUUGUCUAGGAGACGGCUGUACACAGGCAGUGUGCUAGCUCCAGUGUGCAGCAGUUUGGCGCUCGGCUCCAGUCACCAUGAUCCCCCCGGCAGAUUCCCUCCUCAAGUACGACAACCCGGUGCUGAUCAGCAGGAACACGGAGAGGAGAUCACCCAAGUCCCGUGCUCUGAAAGCCAUUCCUCAGCAAACCAUUACAUCUUCUCCUGUACCACCACCUCCAAAGUCAAAAUCCCCUCCUCUAGAUGCUUCUAAGCCAGCAGAAGAAAUUUUAAAUGCCAUCCUACCACCCAGAGAAUGGAUGGAGAACAAUCAGUUGUGGAUCCAGCAGGUGUCAAGCACGCCCAGUACGCGGAUAGAUGUCGUCCAUUUACAGGAAGAGCUGGAUAUGAAAUUACAGCAAAGACAAGCUCGGGAGACUGGGAUCUGUCCUGUGCGCAGAGAGCUCUAUUCGCAGUGCUUUGAUGAGCUUAUCAGACAGGUGACCAUCAACUGUGCCGAGCGGGGUGUCUUACUGCUGAGGGUGCGUGAUGAAAUACACAUGACCAUCUCUGCAUACCAGACGCUAUAUGAAAGCAGCGUGGCUUUUGGGAUGAGGAAGGCCUUACAGGCAGAACAAGGCAAAUCGGACAUAGAGAAAAGGAUUGCAGAAUUGGAGCAGGAGAAGAAAGAUCUUGAGAGGCAGGUUAAUGAACAGAAAGCCAAGUGCGAGGCCAUUGAAAAACGGGAGGCAGAGAGGCGGCAGGUGGAAGAGAAGAAGCAUGCGGAGGAAAUACAAUUCCUGAAACGGACCAACCAGCAGUUGAAGGCACAGCUCGAAGGAAUUAUUACGCCCAAGAAGUAACAUCUGCUGGCGAGAUGUGUCUGCAGUCUGGAUUCGAUGCUAGUGCUAAUGCCAAGAAACUAAUAUUUGUACCUCUGGGUCACAUUUCUAAUUAUAUUUGGCUUUUAUAUAAAUAUUAAAACGCCCCCUGACCAGAAGAAUGUGCGGACAUCGCUCAUUCUAUAAUGAAACACCUCAAUAUAUUCAAUAUCCAAGUUCUUUUGAUGGUAAAAUUGUUCUAACCUCUUUCCAAGUAUUGUAUAUUGUGGGUUCUCACAUGACAGCGUUCUGUUGGACAGAGUUUAAAACAGAUUUCUGGCAUAUAACGUGCGCCAGUCCGAUAUCCAAACUACUACAGUACAAUGUCCGUGAUGGCUGGAACUAACAAUUCCCUGUGAGCCCAGGCUAUUACUGCAGCAGGUCAUGAAAGACUGAUCUUUGGGGGUCCGACCAUUGCUGGCAGCUUCCUUCCCAUUAAUUUCAAAAGAGAAUGACCAGAUCUGGAGGUCUUGGUUGGACCACCACCAACCAUGACAUCAUAAAAACACUAACAUGUUCAUAUUUGGACCCAGAAGUUAAUAAAAUUCUUGCUGUUUAACUUUUGACAAGCGGAUACGUUUACACAUACAAUAAAAAAUAUCGGAUACAAUGUGAAAUUUUUCCUUUUUGAAAUAAAGAUUUGAAGUGUAUAAAAGGAAGUAUCUGGAUAAAAACGGAUACGUUUAACUGAAUCCAUCUCCCAUUCGCUGCAAUGUAAAAAAAAAAAAAAGUUUCUAUAUGUUUUAUUUUUUCUGGACACAAAACCGCUGUAUGCUACAUCAUUCUGUCCUGCAGAAAUGUAAACAGUGACAGUCAAAUGUUUUUUCUGUUUACAAACAUAUCCAUUUGACGUACA